AUGGCUGGAAUAGGUCUUGUAGCACCUAACCCAUUCGUAGCAACCCCAGGAGAACCUCCUGUGCCUUGGUCACGAUGGAUUUUGAGCUUCAAAACGUAUUUGACUGCAAGCGGGUUGGACACAGCGGAGAUACCCGACCUCCGCCGCCGCGCAAUCCUGAUCCACUGUUUGGGCGCAGAGGGGCAGCGGAUCUUCGGACAGCUGGAAGUGUCUACUACCGGUACGUACGAUAAAGCUGUUGAUGAACUUGAGAAAUAUUUUGGGCCAAAAACAAGUGUGAUGAUCGAACGAUAUCGUUUCCGACAGAGAGUACAAGGUCAUGGGGAGCCAGUAAAACAAUAUGUGGCAGCCAUAACCGAACUGGCAUCCAAGUGCAAGUUUGGCACCUUAAACGAUGAACUGGUUAGAGAUCAACUAAUCGAGAAGACGUCUAUUCCCCGUAUUAGAGAACGUCUGUUAAUGGAGGAUGACGGUCUGACACUUAAGAAGGCGCUCGAUCUAGCGAUCCAGAUCGAAGCCGCAAUGCUGGACGCCAAGCUCCUCAAACAACACGAUGUGACUGUGAGUGCCAGUACAGGACAUAGUCAUACUGCACAUCAGGCAACUCCAGUACAGAACAUCAAACGACCAUAUCAUAACAAAGCCCGCUCUAACCAUGCUAACUCGAAGUCGUGUUCGAACUGCGGACGGACACACCCUCCGAAAGCGUGUCCAGCGUUUGGAAAACGUUGCAAUUCGUGCUCGAAGAUAAACCAUUUCUCUAGCGUAUGCAGAUCUACCAAGAAAAGUGCAUCUUCAGUUCGACACGUUGAUGAACCAAUAGAGGGCGACAUAGCAAGCAGCGUGUUCACACUCUCAGACCGGAUUUCUUCAGCAAAUUCAGGUCAGUUCAAAGAAUGUGAAGUGCAGAUUGCUGGUACUAACCUCUCUUUGAUGAUUGAUGUGGGGGCCAAAGUGUCAAUUCUUAGUGAUAAACUGUAUCAUCGACAUUUCUCACAUUGUAGCCUGUCAUCGACAUCGAGCAAGCUCAUAGCAUAUGGUGAACCACCUACACUGAUUUCCGUUCUGGGCACGGUUGAGCUUCUUGUCGGGUACAAGGAUGUACAUCUCGACAGCUUUACGUUCUACAUAGCGAAGGGCGAGAGCCUUAUGGGAGUCAAUCUGUUCGACGCCCUAGGAUUUCAGAUGAACGACCACACUGGUGAACGCAUUCGGCUCAUAGACAAUGCGUAUAGAGAACGCUAUGCUGCACUUUUUAACGAGUUUGGUAAAUGCAAAGGAUAUUGCCAUGCACCAAGGGUGGAUUCCUCAGUCCCACCUACUGCACAGAGUCUCCGUCGACUUCCGUUAGCUGUCAGGGAUAAAGUCUCAAAGGAACUUCAUAGGCUUGAAUCCGAUGGCAUCAUCGAGCGCAUCGAUUCAUCCCCGUGGGUGUCUAAUCUGGUCAUCGCACGCCGUAAGAAUGGAGAUCUUAGACUUUGUGUAGAUUUGAGGGCAGUCAACAAGGCAAUCAUUCCGGAUAAGUAUCCACUUCCUACUAUGAAUGAACUUUCAGCUUCAUUCCACGGAGCUAAAGUUUUCUCUAAACUAGACAUGAGACGUAGCUAUCUCCAGGUUCCGCUAGCAGAGCAGAGCCGCCAUCUCACUGCAUUCAACACACACAUAGGCAUGUUUCAGUAUCGCCGUAUGCCCUAUGGACUGAACUCAGCACCUAGCGCAUUCCAGAAAAUCGUUUCUUCAGUUCUAGCUGGAAUCGAGGGCACGUUGAAUGACAAGAUGGACCCCAUCUUGGAAACUACCGAAAUUAUCCUGAAAGCAAUGCUCAUCAGAGGAGACUGUUAUACAAUGGAAGUUGACAAGAUCCUAGAUGUGGGAGCAAUUGAGCAAAUCAAUGUUAAGGCCGAGAGAAUUGUUCAACUAACAGAACAUAUUGAGAUGAAACUAAAAUAUCUGUCAAAUGAGGUAAAGGAGUUGAGGGCAGAGAUGAAGCAGAUGAAGCCACAGAAGUAA